CAACCAUCAUUGGAGAGGCCUGAAAGGCACCCUGCACCAGCUUCAAAAUCACUUCCAGGUGGAAGUGGAGAAUUUCUGUUAGAAGAUAAACAUGUAAGAUUUACCGGAUUUCAACCCAAUGUACAGCAAAGAAUUAUGCUUCAACCACCCCCACACAAAGACGUGAUUGGAGAGUUCUUUCACAGAAUGCAUAAUUCUCUGCAGAACCACUGCCCCUCUUUAAAACACCAUGAAUGGCUGAAUGUUGGAAAGUUUUCACCUAUCUUCUCUAACAGGCCAGACAGAGAGAUUGACAGUAACGUCUGGAGAUGUUAUGUUUCCCAAGGUUCGAAACAUCCUUCUAGCACAGGCCAAGCACGUGUUUCCAAAUUGAUAGCUUCGCUAUAUCCAAUCAGCAUUCCACCGCCUUCAAAAAUGGGGGAAAAUACCUGGCUGCAUUUUGUGUCGCAUGGAAAUCUGUACCUUGAUUUACAGGGCAAGAAGAAAGCAAUUGCAUUAUUGGAAAAAGAGCAGGAACACAACAGGAAGUUAAAGAUCAAGAGUGAAAGCAGAAUGCCUCCAAUUGACAGCCAUGGCAACAUCCUCCCUCCAGGACAUUCCAAAGGGCAUCUUGUCAGCACUCCACAACUACUACCUUGCUGUAUCAUUCCUGAUACAAAGGAAUACAAGACAACCAGCUGCAACUUUAAGGACCAAAGAGCUUUUUUAGAGACAAUUUCACUCUGCAGCUGCUCAUGUGAAACCUGAAUGCAAGAAAGCAGGGAAAAUGAAAUGGCUCCUUACUUACUAGGAUAGCUAGUAACUAAUCAAAACCUCUUCUGGGCUUUGUUAAAAGAAAGUGCAGGUAAUGUUAAAGGAGUUGUUGAUACUGGAACAUUAAUACAGCAGUGAACAUAAGCUCAGUGUCUGUGAUAAAGAUAUUUAUAUAAUUU